AUGGAAGAGCUGGCCCGAAGAAGAAGGGCGGGCGUGGCAGAUGAGCAGGAGGAAAGAAGUGUACCGCAAGAUUACAACUAUGAAGCAGCCUUGAGCCAGGGAUUCGCUAGUGCGGCUAAUCCUGGAGGAGCUACGUGGUCAGGUGAUGCAUCACCUGGUAUGUUAGAAUCGGGAGAAGCUGCCGAAUGCUUAGAGAGCACACGUCUCCCGAUAGCAAGCCCUUUUCAUAGCGAAAAGGUCAAGGCGGAAGUUGCUUUGAAGAGAACAAGGCCGAACACACUGGAUGAUGAUGCCAGCCGGCUUUGUCCUGAGGUCAACGAGGCGGCCUUGGGUGAUACGUACCGAGACGCGAGCUUGGAACCGAACUACGCGACAUCACUUGGACCUCUGAGGAGUGCAGGGAUGGCUCCACGCGUGGCCAGAGUUGAGACGUCCGGCAGCGUGACUUCUCCUGAAAGGAAUGGGGAAGCUGUUGGGCUGAAUUUGGCAGGCGCGGACGGAUCUGGCUCUGGGGUGAAAGAUUGUGACGCUCAGGUUCAGGACAUUUUGGGAGCUGAGCAGCGUGUUCAUGUGUCUCAAAGUGACAGAGGGAGACCAGAGGGUGACGAUCAACGAGAGUUGAUCCCUGCCACUGAGCCGGGAAGUAGGAUCGAGUACUUGCUGGAACAGGUGAUUGAGGAGAACCGUGCGCUGAAACGAAGGCUUGAGCAAGUCGAGUCACAAUCUUCAUGGCACAGUGCCGGAACUCCACAGGAACUUGCGCCAUGGAUGUCGCCAGCUUCGUUUGCAGUAGGACGUGGAGCUUCUGAAUUCAUGAUGGCCCCAGAUCACCGUAGUGUCAAUGUACAGUGUGCAACCGUUAGUGCGAUGGAUUUCCCAGGUCAGGAGGGAUUAAUUCUGGUAGAGGUUUCGAUCAUGAAGGAUAUCCUGUAUCUCCUGGGGGCACGGUUAUUCGGCCUCCGCCUGGACCGCCGCCGCUUUCGCCGCGGCAGCCUAGUGGGGGACUCGGGGUGCAGCGGUUGGAAGAUCGCCCUGUCGGUGAGGGGAGUCUGGGUGGAAGAUUGGGGCUUGGUAUCGGUGAUGUCGGGGCUCCAGCGUCAGGGAAUAGGCCAGAGGCAGAUCUUUCAGGGCUUGUCCCCCAGCGCUGAUGUUUGGUUCAACUGUGUCGAGGUUGCGGCAACAAAGUGGUACAAUCAGUGGUUGACGGCUGAAGAUGUCAUAACAAACAGGUGGUUGACCACCUCAUCGAUACUUUUCCGGGUCAUGUGCAUCUAUCAGCCGGGCGGGGCCAGUGAGAGGGCGCAUUUGUUGCUAAUCCAGGCAGAGUGUGAGGCGGCUUCGCUUGUUGUGGACGGGGUAAGUCAAAAGGGAAAGGGAAGGGGAAAGCCAAGGAGGGAGCUGGCCAAGGCUCAAAAUGCAUCGGGAACUGUGGAUGUGACUUCGAACGCUGCGUCCGAAGCAUUGAUCGCUGAAGCCGCAAAGAUCCUCAAAGGCGUAACGCUAAAGGCUGUUAGGGCGUCGGAUUUCGGGAUAGAUCCAGCUUGGGUGAUUGCAGCAAUCGCUUCGGCUUCGGAUGCUCGCUAUGCUCUUAUAGAUUCAGGGGCGACAAACGCUCUGCGGCAAGCGCAGCCGGGGGAGAUAGAGAAGGCAAGGGCGAUCAAGGUUGACCUAGCUUCGGGGGGUGCAGACCUUCACGUUAAUGGUUCGGGUACUCUGCUGAGCUCCUCGCCUUGUCAGCUGAUUCUCCCGGCUGGUUAUCUGGUAGAGCUCGGAUAUGAAAUCUCUUGGCGCAAGCGAGGAUGUAAGAUCAAGAAAGCCUCGGGAUCAAGGCUAGACGUUAAGGUGGUGAAGGGCUGUCCUCUUAUUUCUAGGGAAGAUGGUCUUCGGUUGUUGGAAGAGUACGAAGCUAGGAAGGAGAACCCAGGGAUCAGGGCUGUCGAUGGGUCGGGUCAGUGUGAUCUUCCGAAGGGCCUUUGUAAGGAAAAUGCUCGACAGUGGCUAGCAUCUCGUGUGAAGCUGGUUGGCCGCGUAGAGUGCACUGAUUUGAAGUUCUUCCUGAGUUUCGAAGAAGCAUUGCUAAGGGGCCUAGGGGUCAUGUUCUGGUGCGACUGUUUGUCCUUGAUAUCCACGCUUCGUCUGCCCGGUUUCAGGGCCUCAAGUGGCAUACCUCUGAGCCGUGGUGUGGAGGAUGGCACUGAAUGGGAAGUUGAGUUCCCAUAUGAGAUUAAGGAUGAAGGUUGGACGGAUCGUACAGUUGCAUCGCAUUCCAAUGCCAUUAGGCUCUGCCGUGUUCUGUCUCAAGAGAUAAGCGGUUUCAAUGAGGUUGAGGUUGACUUCGGCGAUUCGUUGAGGUUGUUGCAGAACGCUGAGUCCGAACGGGAUUGGUACGAGGGACUGCUCUGGGAUGAGUAUCUAAGGGAGUCUGUUUUCACCGUGAAGGUUUUGCAGACCGAUGUUCCUUUGAAUGGCGAUGAUGGCUCAACAGUUGCAGCUGAACUUUUUCUUCAAACCAGAACGGUGUCCAUCGGGGAAGCACGGCAGGAACUAUCCAUGUGGAUUCCGUCCGCAAAGGAAGAAGUCACUUCACUUGAAGACGUUCACAAAGCCGUGUGGCGCAUCCAAAUCCCUGAAAUUGAGGAGCUUGUCAAGGCGGGCCAUCGGGUGGUACAGGUCCCAGGUAAGGCUGUGCUCACCAGGAAGGCCGGGGUCGGCAAGAGACGAUUUAGAUGUGUAGCAUGCGGAAACUUCAUUCCUCAAGCUGAGGGCGAGGCUGGAAAUCUCUACGCGAGUGGAGUUGAGGGCGUGACCUUGCGGGUAGCUAUAGCAUUUGCCACUCAACAGUCGUGGUCUGGAGUAAGUGCUGAUAUAAAGACAGCGUUCCUGAACGCACCUUUGGAGUGUGGCUUUGAGAGCGGAACCGAGGAGGUCAUAAUCGUCCGACCGCCUUCCAUUCUUGUGGAAAUGGGGCUCAUGGAGGAGCGUGACAGAUGGCGCGUCGUCAAGGCGCUAUACGGACUACGGCAAGCGCCAAGGGCGUGGGCCGUCCACAGGGAUAAAAUCUUGACCACAUUCAAGUUCUCCAGCGGGGAUAAGUUCUAUGUCUUAAGGCAGUCGAUCUCGGACGAGUCUUUCUGGUAUGUUCUAGAGGACAACUGCGCGGAUUGCACCUGGCGAGCCAUCAUGUUGGUCUACGUAGAUGACAUUUUGGCAUUGGGUCCGGUUGAUCUACUCAGCGCGCUCAUAAGGGAUAUUCAACAAGUUUGGACUUUGUCUGAACCUACGUGGAUCUCUCGAGGCAAGGCCGUGAAGUUUUGCGGGUUGGAACUUGAAGCUCUUGACAACGGGUUCCGCAUUUCGCAAUCGGACUAUCUUCAGGAGUUGUUUUCGCGAUAUAACAUUACCUGCAGUGCAAGUUCACCAUUGCUCAAGUGGAGUGACCCUGCAGAUGAGCAACCUUUGAAUCCGGAAAAAGUGAGGGAAGCACAGGGCAUCACAGGUGCUUUACUUUGGGCUUCGACAAAGAGUCGGCCUGACGUUGCUUUCGCGGUCAGCAAGAUGGGGCAGUAUGCUGUGAGAGCGCCGAAUGCAGUGAUCCAGGUUGGAUAUCAAGUCCUAAGGUUCUUGUACGGAACAGUCGAUGUGGGUAUCGAGUAUCGAUUGUCAGGAGGCAGUGAAUGGUGUGAUGCGCCAGUGCCAAGGACGCUGAGCACGCUGGAACUCUUCACCGACGCAUCUCACGCGCCGGAGGGUGGACGAUCUUGCCAAGCGAUCUUCCUUGUCUGGUGUGGCAUGUUAAUAGCUUGGGAAGCAUCGAAGCAGCCAUUUGUGACGUUAUCGUCCGCGGAAUCAGAGCUGGUUUCAGUGGUGGCUGGAAUCGUAGCAGCAGAAUCCGUGGGAGCAAUCAUCGAAGAAUUGAUCGCUGAUGAUGUAGUGAUUUCGGCGUUGUGCGACAAUCAAGCAGCAGUUCGAGCUUUCUCAAGUGGCAGCCUUGGGUGGAGGAACCGACACUUGAGGAUGCGGGCGGCUGCAGGUUGGGGGGAGCACUUCAAGCGGUUCGGUGCCUUCUUCAAACGUUCAGGUUGGGGGGAGCACUUCAAGCGGUUCGGUGCCUUCUUCAAACGUUCAGGUUGGGGGGAGCACUUCAAGCCUUUCCGUGCCUUCUUCAAACGUUCAGGUAGGAUUGACAUGAGGGCUGCUGAUGCCGACCAAGCGGGAGAUCGUGCUGGGUCAGAGGUCCAAGAGCCGGAAGACGUUGACGAUGAUUUUGAGAGCAGUGUUUCUAGUCAUUUUGAUGAUCCUGGGAUAGAUGCUGUGCCUCAUGGGGUUGAGCCUGUUGGGGAUCCUCCGUUACGUGUUCCGGCAUGGGCUCAGUUCUUUGACAUCGGAGACUUCGGUCUUGAGUCAUCCGAGGAAGAAGAAUCAAUCUCUACGACCGAACCCUCGGUAUUCUCGGAAGUCUUUAGCAGCGAGAGUGCGGUUUCCAGCGAGGUCCGAGCUUGUGAGCCGCACGGUGACGGCUUGGCGCAAAGUUCAGAGGCGAAUUGGUGGUCUGUGUUGAUAGCUGUCCUCAUUUGUUGGGUGUUUCUUGGGUGCAUUGUGAUUGCGGAGGCGCUUGAUGAGGAUCUUGGAACAUGUAGCCUAGGUAGCGAGCAACAGGCCUUGCAAAUCCGCUCAACCAUCGAAGAUGUUGUGACGCCGAGAAGCGAAUCUGAAGGAGAUCUCCAAGGUUCAUGUUGGUGGGAAGUCUUUAAGAUCCUUCUCACUGUUGGGACGUGGGAAAUCUUGCGGGCAUUCAGGCGAAAAUGUCGCCGCAGUGCCGUUAGAACAGCCGAGAGUCAAACAAGGGAGCUAGUAGAAGUUCCUUUGCCGUUGCCUGAUGGCAUCAAGCACCGAGCGCGAAUACUCUACUGUCUGUGGAGGGCAGGGUAUAGCGUGGAAGCUGAGGGCUAUCCAGAGGAGGUUCGAGAUGAGUUUCUUUGGCUAGUCGGAAAUCGGCUCAGAGAGCGAGCUCGUGAUAGCGGGUCUUCAUCCUCGGGUUGA